GUAAAAGCCAUAACAUCACGCUAUAUCCAUGCCAAAAAAGGACAUGACAUUCGGCCAUUUUCCUGGCACUCACGAAACCACGUGCGAUUUCCCCUUUUGAGAUACCAACACGUGCGUUUGUUGACACUCAAUCCACCAAUCGGAGCGUUUGUUGUAAUACCGAGCGCCAGCUGAUUUUGACAGUUUGGCCGGCCUUGCCAGUAUUGAUUUUUCCACUUCCAUCGACGCAGCCUUAAACUUCACGUCGUUGUAGUUCUACAUCGUUGGAAAAUUACUUUAAGUGGUGUAAGUUUACGGGGUUUCGCGCUAAAUGUGGUGUAAAAGAGAGCUUUAGCAUGGAACUGCUCGAUUCGGAUAGAUUUGGUGAAAGUUUCCACGAUAUUUUCGUGCAAAAUCUUGCAAACAGGAAAGUAAAAGAUGACAAAAUAAAACGGAAAGACCAUACGAAUAAGGAUGGAGAGCUGCUAUCUCCGUGGAUCGAGAUCACACCGAAUGCAUCCAAGUUCGCGGUCUACAAUGCGAUUCGCUCGAUUGUAUUGGAGGUGGAGACGAAAAAUUCAAAAUUUGCUUCUACCGGAGGACCGUUGGGUAAACCGAACAAACCGCUCUGCUAUCAUCAAAAUGGCUCCGGAAAUGACAAUGAGCAAAACUGCUUAUCGUGCAAGGAAAAAUCCAAAGAUCUGAACUCGUUCAAGGACGCGGAUAUUCCGGAAUUUGAUUUCGAAGAGAACUUUGAUAACGAUGAAUCGGUCCCGUGCAAUGUUCCCAAGAUUGUCGGCGCUGGUUUGGAGAGUUUGUUCGAAAUCAUAUCAGAAACCCGGACUGAACAUCCAAGGAUUUGUACAAAGGCAUUAAAAUCACUGUAUGAUAUUAUUCAAGGUCAAGAUCCCGAAAGCUUUCGUAAUGAACCUGAAAAGCUAUUCGGUUCGCUGUAUGAUAUUUUGCUGGAGCUGGCCACUAUGCAUAACCAACCGCCUCCAAACAUGGGUUUGCCCCAAAAGGACACCAAUUGGUCAUCAAUUAGUUGCUCAACCCUUUUAGCUCUGUGCACCGUGCAUGGAGACACUGGCAAGAUUCUGAAAGCAGUUACAUCAAUUUUGAUGUCACCGAAGAUACUUUCCGGGCAGAUGAUUCAGCUACCACAAAGCAUAAUUAAACUGCAACGUAGCGUCCAUUCUGUAGCGCUGGGUAAAUUAAGCAUUCCAGAUUACUAUACGUAUGGAAUCUCUCAGAAUAGCUUGAUAGAUUAUUUCAAUAUAAAAGAUUACAUGUUUGUCGAGAAAGUUUUCUCACCAAACUGUAUCACCUCUGAUGGUAAAUUUAUCUACAUACUGAUAUCAAAAUCGCUGGUUAAAAUAGGUUCCGGAUUCAACGGAACCGUGCCCGGCUUCAUAUAUGGAAUUGCUAAAGAUUUCGGUAAAGAACGUAACGAAUGGAUCGGGUAUUGCAACAACAAACUGUUCUACAAGAAACUUUCGAAGCGUACCAUGGACAGUCUACUCGUGGUAGAUACCGAAACGCUGCAGAUAACAGGUUCAAUGCAAACGCAAGCUUCUGUAUCUAUGAAAGAUGGAAAUAACUGUUUGCUGUUUUCGGACGGAGAAUCCAUCUGCAGUAUUUGUACCACAUCUGGCAGCGAUAAUCUUCUUGUCAAGCAACUAUAUUCGAAGAACUCGUUCGCGUUUGAUCUCAACUUAAAAUUAGCCAAAAAUGGUUUCUACACCUUAGGAUAUUCCUUGUUCGAAGAGGAGAUUCUCAGUGAGAACCAGCUUAAGAAAAUUCAAAGCACAAGCAAUGGAUUUAUUCCGACGCUUCCCAACGAGGUCAAUCUCAACGGCAUAUCCUGCGGAAAAGAGUUUGGACUUGUCGUGGGUAGCAACGGCAAGGUGUAUUACUACGGCAAAGGAAGCAGUCUUGGGUUGAAGGCCGUUGGGAAGAAUCCCAGCUUGAAGCUUAACGAGAUCGUCAUUUCUAAAGCAACUAAUUUUACCCAAGUUUUUGUCGGUCACGAUGGCAUUCAUGCACUGCUGCUGAACGAAGAUGGAACGGUUUUCUUCGCCGGAACGGCUCGCAGGGGAGAAGAUGGCGAGCAGUCCAAGAAUCGUCGCCAGCUGAAAGCGGUUAAGCCGAAAAAGAUAAGUAAAAUCGACGGAUACUUUAUCAUGAACAUCUCGUGCAACAAUGGAACAUCGGCGUUCGUUACCAAGGACGGAAAGCUGAUCAUGUUUGGGAAGGACACCAACUACUGUGACUCGUCCGGUAUUGUAACCGGACUGAGCGAUGCUCAGAUCGUAAAGGUUGCACUCGGUAAGGCGCAUUGUGUCGCAUUGGACGCCAAAGGACAGCUGUACACGUUUGGGUUAAACAACAAGGGUCAAUGCGGACGGAAAUUCACCAAGGAUCGUAGCGAGGAUACUUUUGAUCCCAAACCUGCAACAAAGGCGUCAUUCAAACCGAUGUGCUCAAUCGACGAACACAACAUUGUUGAUGGCAAGUGUAGGAUCUGCAACGUUUGCCGUGAAUGUACCGGCUACAACACGGCAUGUGUUUCCACCAAGAAAACAUUCGUCAACGAGCGAGUUCCGGGAAUGCCAUGCUCUUGCGGUCACGGCAGUGCUGGAUGCUCUAAAUGUGGAAGUUGCAGCGCGUGCGUUGCUUCGCAGGAGAAUGGCUCUCUUUCGAUUGAAAACAACUCUGAAGCUCAAACAAUCCUUGAAAAGGCCAAAGAUGCGCUUCACAAAAAGUACGACAACUUGCGGCACGCGGAUGAGGCUAACCAGUUUUCCGAUCCGGACACGCCCCGUGUGGUGCCGGUUCCUCCGCAGCGGGUAGAACUACCCACAAAGAGUCCCAUCGUGCAGAUCAGCUGUGGGCUUCAUCAUACCGUCGUGCUAACGCUCUCCGGUGAGGUGUUCACCUUCGGCAGUAAUCAGUACGGUCAGCUUGGAACCGGUGACCUACAGCCAAUUUCCGGAGCACAUUUGGUAAAGAUCCCGCACAUGGUCAGCCAGGUCGCUGCCGGAAGCAAUCACACCGUAAUUUUGACGACUAAGGGCAUCGUUUACACUUUUGGAAACUAUCAAAAAGGUCAGUUGGGCAGACUUCCGGGAGAAACUAACCUUGUGGCGGGACAGGAACCGUAUGGUAUAUCGUCCAACAAUAUGGCAAAUCGGAUGGAUCAAUCGAAUGAUAAGGGAAGCGUCGCAGAUAUCCUGAUGCAGCGGCAGAAAUUCCUGUGGAAUUGUUCUCCUGGAGCCGUGACCGGUAUCGGUCCCUCCACGGGCAAGAAGGCAUCGUGGAUCGGGGCCAGCGGCGACCAGACGUUCAUCAAGGUCGACGAAUCGCUCGUGAACGCGUCGAUGCUGUCCAAGUUUAGCGUGGUGGCAGAUAAAAACACCAUCCUGUUGAUCCCGAAUAGCAACUAUCAGUUCAACUGCAUCGCCAUCAAUCGGCGCAACGGAAACUGCAAAGCUCACAACGAGAACCAGUUUGACUUCAAAACCAUCGUCAACAGGGUCGACGAGGGUGGUUUGAACGCUGCCCGAAAGCGUCCGAAAGUACAGCAGCCGGCGCAGCUUCCUGGUGCGGAAGCGUUGCUGGAGAACCAGCCAGAGGCGUUGGCUUUGUCGGAGAUGGAUAUUGGUUACGAAUCCAAGUAUGGCGCGGCGGAUGCUAGCAAGCAUCCCACCGUUAGCUUGGCGUUUGCCGUUGAUCCGUGCUUCAAUAUUUUGUGGGGGUUUGAUAGCGUGUCCAAAACAAUGAUGUUCUUCAAUGUGAUUGCGUCGGAAAUUUCACCAAGCGCAGAGCACGCAAAGGACUUGGUCGCCCUGCUGACGCCGGAAAUUGCAUUACCGACUCAUGAAGACGCUGAAGUCACCCGGUACCAAGCAUCGCUGAACAUUUUAGCAACGCUGGAUAUUUUGACGACCAACCAGAAAAUGCUCAAAACCUGCUUCCUGCCCUCGGACGUGAGUCUCAAAGUGAACCUGGACGGCAAGGACAACUGCGAAUACAACACCGUGUGUCGUUUCGAGAACUUUGGCGGAGGAUGGGGCUACUCGAGCUACAGCGUUGAGGCCGUACGCUUCAUGUGCGAUGCUGACGUUAUCAUUGCCGGUUUCGGUAUGUACGGAGGUCGCGGAGAGUACACGUGCAAGCUAAAGCUGUUUGAUCUGGGUUACGAUGGUGGAACCAACGAAAAGGAUGGCGUUCUGAUAUCCGAAGUCGAAGAAGUGCCCUUCGAGUGUCCUUCAAAGUGUAAAUUCAACAUCACUCUACCAAGUCCGGUGACGAUCAGCGCAGAACGGUGGUACCUGGUUCUGGCCAAGAUCUCCGGCCCAUCGUCCGACUGUGGCUCGUCGGGGCAGUCUUCGGUCACGACGUCCGACAAUGUCGCGUUCCACUUCAAGACGUCGAAGAAGGCGAACAACGGCACGAACGUCAGCUCGGGACAGAUUCCGUCCAUUUUGUACCGGGUCAUAUCGCAAAACAGCAAGGCCGUGUUUCCGACGGUUUUGAGCGAGCCCGUUUGCAAGCUGACGAAAAAGUUUGCCAACACGCUCACGAAAGAUUGCUUCGAGAGCUUGGUCAUGCUGCUGAACUGGUCGUGGAGUUCGUUCAAAAUAUCGACCACCGAUCUGCUGGAGACUCGCAAGGCGAACCAAAAUGCGAUUUCGCUCAAUAGACUCGUUUACAUUUGCAAGGCAAGUUUGCGUCUACUGAGGAAGUAUAUAAACGAGAUUUAUCCGUACAAGGGAUUCAACAAUAGUGAAAAACCAAACAACAAAGUUAAAACACUUGGCCCACGGCAAGACUCUAAGCAGGACAAGUCACCGAAAAGUAAAGUCUACGAAGUGAACGGACUCAUCUCGUCGGUGGAGAGCAAAACCGACUUGCUCAAGGUGAACGAUAUCAACAUUAUGGAGAUCAACACGCCAAUGUCCAACAAGAAGAUUGCAUCCGAGAGCAUCCAGCUGGCGGAAUGUAUCGGCGAUGUUCGAGCGCUGCUGACGCAGAUACUUUGUGAUGAACUGCCAUAUCAGUCCGGAAACGAUAUCUGUACAAUGAUUCUGGACGUGCUGGACGAAUGUCACAAAACGUUUGUUAGCUGCUUCAACGCGUUCUAUCCUACUUCAUUCCUCAAGUGGAACUGUAUUUGCAACCUGUUGGCACAAAUAGACAAGGGGAUUCUACACUCCCGCUUGCUCAGCGGUGUGCUGGCAGGACUGUGUGAUCCAAACAUCAAUCUGCGGUCGACGUUCUCGAUGCUGUCGCCCAACGUGGAGUACAAAUCGCUCACGAGUCCUAGCGAUAACUUGGGCUUUCCGAUGCUGGUGAGUUCGGAAAACUACCAGUACCCGAUCCUGGUGGAGCAGAUGCUCUACCGUACGCAGAAGGAGAAAACAAUCACCUGCAACUCGUGGACUUUUAAAGACGUGCUAAGCCGCUUGCUUGACAUCAUCUCCAAACCGAUACGAUUGAAGAUUGAGAACAUUUACAACAAUCAAAGUACGGACAUUUACAACGGUGAUGGGAUGAAGCAACGCUUGAACAACAAUUUGAUAACCAACUCGUGCCGGUUGCUGUCGAAAAUGUUGGCUGAGAUUAUCUACCAAAAUUGUACCAUUGAUAAUGAAACGGCGAUCGUCCCUUCGAACAUUCUCCAUUCCAGCGGAAAUCGUUUUGCAAAGGUCGAUGUAAGCAAAACCUGGAACACGGGUAAUUUCGGGCCGGACGCAAUUGCGUUCACCGUUGAUCGUCCGGGAAUUUCCAUUGCGGGAGCUUGUGUUUAUUCCGGAUCCGGUAGCUACGAAUACCAACUGGAACUGCUGUACGAUAGUAUGGAGUCGAAAAGCCAGCUUCAGCACAAGUGGGAAGUGAUCGAGUCCGUCGUGGGUGCUUACGAGCAAAGCAUGGUGAAAAACUUUAUGACGGAGAUCAAGUUCGAUCGUGCCGUCAACAUCAAGGAGAACGUACGAUACGCGCUGCGACUGUGCUCUCAGGGAGCUCGAACGUGUUCUGGCGAUGGAGGCUUUGCGGCCAUUCGUGGACCGUGUGGAGCAACGUUCAAGUUUUAUCCGUGCGAUCUCAGCUUCAACGGGACGACUCCGGCUCGCGGACAGAUUCCUAGCAUCCUGUACUACAGUAUUCCGUCCAUUAACGAUAGCUAUUCGGGAAAGUGCAGCAAGGAAUCCCACGCGCGGGAUAUCGCUUUGCACAUCUCUACUGAUGUAACCUCCCGGUGCAAGGAUCUGUUGAUUCACGCAAGAAACGCAAUUGCAUUUUCGUCGACUUCAAGCGAUAAGAGCUCCAAUUCUUCGCACAACACACAUACCAUCGACUCGGAGCAUAACAUAACGCCCAUCGAGGAGCAUUUAGACAUUGCUUGGAUCAACAACUCGGACAUUGCGAACGUCAACAACGUGACAAGCGCCAAUUUUGAUCAUAACAAUACAUCAACCGCUAAGGACAUUACGAAACGCAUAGAAAACUUUUCAAAAGGUAUCAUCGAAACGCUAAAGUUUGACAAAAAGUCACGCAACUCAAUUGACUUUGAUAUCGAGAUUGAAAUUGGUGCCGAGGAGAUCACGCCGAAUGAUUACAUAGACGAUCGAAACAACAAGUUGGACUCGAUCUCGAAUGGGAAUUCUUCCGGAGUCGGAAUGCAUAGCAAAGCUGAAAACUUUUCAAUAUUGAACGACGCAGGAAGUGACGUGGAAGAGUUCAACCAUCAGCUCAAUCAAGAACGCAUCAUCCAACUCUUCUCCGCUGACGAUUCGUGCCUAUUUACAAUGCUGCUACCCCUGACGUUUGCUCACAUCGGACCGCUGGUCUGCAGCAAUCUCAAAAGUUCCGUCGAAGUUCUGAGUCUCAUUCGCGCCAUCCUGCCGCAUGUGUCUGCGCUAAAUCAGAUCAACAAUUUCAAGCUGUACGACAAACCGGAACUCGAGACCUCACGCAAGACUGCUCCCGCAGACCAGAAUGAUCUGUGCACGACCAGCCACUACUACUGCAUCGUCGAGAGUGAACAUCCGUACAAGUCCAGCACGGUGGCAAACUACCGCGUAGAGUUCCCCGCGAAUGUUCGCUGGAUAACCAUCGAGUUCGAUCCGCAGUGUGGUACGGUCCAGCCGGAGGAUUAUGUCCACGUAAAGAUACCGCAGUAUUCCGAGCGAAGCUCGGAGCAGGCUUUCGUCAACGACAACCACGCUGCGUCGUCGGCAUCGGCUUCUUGCCCACGAAAGAGCAAGGAGGUCAAGUUUGAAAGCAACUCGAAACCGUCCAAUUGCAGCCAGAAGGAUGAGCAAAGCGAGAUAGAUUGGACGAUUAUUAAGAAAUUUAACACGUCCUCAAACUGGAAUAGCAACGCCAUCGUGCUGCCUGGCAACAAGCUGGAGAUUUCGCUGGAAACGGCUUCCACGUACGUGCGCGAGCACAAAGGCAACAAGUACGGCUUCAAGUGUCUGAUCAUCGGGUACGAUAACAAAAACCAGAUGAAGUAUCCGAGUACGUCGUUGAUACACCUCGAGUACGAACUGUCCUACCUAGGGGGCUUGUGCAGUGCAAACCUGCUGAAGAAGGAUCUCAUAUUUUCUGAUGACAUAACGGAGAACAUUGCCAACGUCGAAGAAACGCUGAACAAGCAUACGGCUUUGCUGUCCAAAGGAUUGAUGGUGUCGGACACGGUGCUGACUAUCGGAAAUGCGCUGGAAUCUAAUCUACCAAUUACUGAGCAAAGCUACGAGAAGCAGUUCCUGAAGGAUUUCAUUUACGUCGCGGCGGGUUCCCCCGGGGCUCGGCUGGCCGCCUGGCUUCAGCCCGAAUCUCGGCUGGACCCGAACAAGUGCGAGAUCAAAAUGUCGCAAGAACCGCUGCGUUGCGGUUGGCCUUCGCAUUUCAUAAUCGAAACACGUGACCAGUACGGCGACGAGAUCUUCGUACCGGGAAUUAAGGUAAGUGGCGUUGGACCGUUGAACGUGGGGGUGUCUCAGUUUGGCCAAUCUCUGCGUUUUUUUGUUCUCCAGAUCGAAGUGAAAGCCUCCCUCGGCAGCAACCUUAUCUCGGAGGGCAAUCGGAAGAUGCACAUGAAGUCACGCAAUGACUCACUGUAUCUGGGCGGGGCCGCGCUGCCUCCGAAAAUCGGCUACGAGUGCACCUUUAAGGAGAAGGAAAAGAGCUGCCUAAAGGCAAUUACCGCAAUGAAACCGUAUCAGCCGUACUCGUUCGAAGAGUUGCGUUACUGUAACACGAUCCAAAGCAAAACCACCGAGAUCCUGACCGCAAACGAUCUGGGCAACAACACGUACGGGGUGUUCUGGACACCGAGCGUUCCCGGGAACUAUAGUCUGACCAUCACGAUCGAUGGGGUUUGCGUGGAGGAAAUCUAUCGCGUCGACGUGAUUGAUGCCGGACUGCCGCCGUUGUCGCAGGAAACCACACUGAAGAAGGUGCAGCCGCCGACCAAGCUGAGGAAGUUUAUCGCGAAAAAUUCGGCCGGAUUGCGCGUCCGGUUGCACCCAACGCUGCAGUCGGACCAGAUUGGGAUAGUGAAGCUGAACGGUAUCGUCUCCUACAUCGACGAGAUGGAAAACGACGAUGGUUUGUGGGUGCGGCUAUCGACGGAAUCAAUCCGUGAGCAUUGCACCUCCAGCUGGUUCCCAACGGAAGCGUGGUGCCUGCAGUACAACCAGCACCUGGGCAAGACACUCCUACAUCCGAUCCUGGAGUCCAGCUCAACCAAAGCUUUGAUGGAACAGGUAGAUCAAAGCAGUCCCUCAACUUCUGAUGCAAAUGAAGAAAAUGAGAAUACCAUUGAUUAUUUUGAUUUUAUGAAGACGGAUUGUCCCACCGACGAGGCGUCAUCCGCAAACGAUGGCGAGGAACUGGUCGCCGCCGCUAAGCUACUCCAGAUCACAGAGCAACCUCCGACAACAGAUGAAAGUCCAGCCAAUGCGGCGGCGGCUGCGGCCGCGGCGGCAAACAUUAACAUUGCCAACUUGAACCAAAGCAAUAUUGGUGCCGCAAUCGCGGGCGUUGUUGGCGGCGGGGCCAAAAAGAUGCAAGCCCUCCAGAAGUGGCUCAAGGGGGACAGCUUCGAGGAGAAUGAAUCUCCCCGGAAGCGCAAAAGUGAGGGUCACGAUCCGAGAAGUCUGGGAAAUCGAUCCUUUGACCGCAGCCGAAGCGUUAGCCCGGAGAUCUUUUCACUGAGGAGGUGUGACUCAUCCAGUAGUAACAAAUCCGAUACCUCAAAGAAUUUGCAGUACAAAAGUGUAUCGAAAUCGGAUGGCAGUAUGGAUGACCGCAAAUCUCCAGAAAAUCUCGCCGCCCCGGAUGGAAAUUUCUCCGCCAGCAUUCCGCCGUUCAACAGCAAAUCGCUGAAAAUCGAGUCCAAAGAACUGCCCAAACGUGCUCUCUCGCCGUCGAUCGCCGAAACUCUCCGCGCCGUAUUUUCCGCCUUUCUCUGGCAUGAAGGACUCGUCCACGACGCCAUGGCCUGCGCGUCCUUCCUCAAGUUUCAUCCCAGCAUUUCGAAAAAGGAAAGCGAGAAUAUGCCCGUUGGAAAUCCACACGAGCAUCUCCUGACUAGGGAGCAGAAGGUGUUGCAGCGUCACUCGGUUGAGAUUUCGAAUGCCGGGACUUAUUUGAACAUUCGACCUUCGACGCUGGAAACGCUGGCCAAGAUUGGAAACUGUUGCGUGCACAACAGAAAGUUGCGCAAUCGAAAUGCGGACAUUUUCUCUUCUAAAGAUGGCGAAUAUCCACAACCAAGUGCGCUGCCUCCCGCGUUACGGUGCCUCGUGUACGUCUGGGAUCAGCUUUGCUGCAAUUUCAUACACUUGGUGGAGACCAACUCCAAUGAUAAGGAAAAUGAUUUUAGCUCGCUCAAGUCGAACAAAUCGACUGAGGAAAAAUCGGCCAACAAUCCGAAAGCCGCAAACCAGAAAAAGGUCGAGGACGGCUGUUGGUGCGAGUUGUGUGACGUUUUCCUGCCGAUUCCGGUUACGUAUCACAUGAGGAUCGUGCAUCCAGGCUGUGGCAAGUACGCCAAAGGAAAGGGUUACAACUCAAUUGGCGUGUACUGCGAGGGAUGGGCCGGUAACUGCGGCGACGGUGGCCAGGGCGUAUCCAGCUGGUAUCUCAUGUGUGAAAAGUGUAGACAAAAAUAUGUCAACACAGCUAAAGUGUCGAACAAUGUCAACUUUAACGGUGCGAAUCAAACAGUUGGAAAGGGGGAAGGUGGUUCCAACAUUUUGCUAGGUUUUGGAGCGGAAUCCACAAUUCCAUCAGAGCUUUUUACCAUAAUGAAGGAGAAUUCUUUUUUCCUGCUCGAACUGAACUCUUACAACGGAGGGCUUAUCAACAAAUCCGCAAACGGCACUUCAGAUGCAGCUGCAGUUCAUGAACAAUCAACCAGCAGCAGAUAUAAGAACGUUGAUUUGAAUGAUUCGUACGAUUCGAGCUAUUACUUUGACGAUAAAAACAUUCACUGGAGUGGUGGUGAACUAAUGUGGCCACCACCAGAACUGCUCGCUAGCAUGGAAACUCUCGGAGCAAAAACUAACAACGAUCUAACCUGUGACUUGCUCGGGAUGAAUCUUGGUGAUAUGCAUGCUUAUGAUUUUAAGGUAAUCGAAGACCUCUCGAUGGAGGCGGCUGAUUCGUACUUGAAAAACAUCCAAACGUCGCCGGCAAUUCCGUCGACGAGUAAGUUUCAUCGGAGCUUCUCGAUGGGCCAGGGUUGGAACACACCGCAGAAUAAGCUCGCCACAGAAUACAAUCCGGUGGGAAAGGGCGAAAUUGGUGGCAAGGGCGAUGGUCCCUGCAAUGUGGUUAUGAGGCGUAAAAAGCAGUGCACGUGUACGAGUGGGGACUCGAAUCUGCUAAACUAUCCUUCGGUUUAUUUGCAAAAACUUGUUCCGGAGCACUUGUUGAAUAACAGUUUGGCUAAAGAUAACAUUCCCAACAGUAGAAGCAAAAACAAAGUUAACAACAAGAUCAAUGAUAAGAACAAUCUUCAGACAAAUCCCCGCGCGACACUGCUGGCGAGUGGAAAGAGACCGGAAGAAAUAAAUUUCUCAGAGUUCCUCGAGAUGUACCACAGCAACGCACGAGAGAGCAGCGAGAAGCUGAAGAACGUUGAUGAAAAGUCGGACGGUUCUGGAUCGGGAAGUUCGGGCAACUCGGCUUAUAAGCUGGAUGUUCAGGCGGGAGCUCUGUCACUGCUCAAUCGUCCGUCGAUGAUUUUUAUGCUGGAGAAGCAUGACCUGAAAAAGCUUCGCCAUUUGAUGACCCGGAAUCUGCGGAAAACGAUUUGCAACAUUUACAGCUUGCAAGCUCUAAAUUGGCUGCUUCGAUCCGUGACGCAACCGAUCGGACUACACGACAUCAUGUGGUGGUUCAUUUCAUCGCUUUCGUACUCGACACACGACUGCGAGGAUGAACCGAAGCUGGACGAGGGAGUGCUUGGUCUGGAACAUCCGGGCUCGAACCAGUUCAACGGACCACUCUCGCAAACGCUCUCCCAAAGUUUGCACUCGCUGCUGCACACUAUUGCGGAUCUAACACUGCUCCUGCCGUCGGGAUCGUCCUUGCAGAAGACUGCCGUCCAGUGUUUUGGGUUGAAGUUCAAACAAUCUGACCACCAGUUCUUGCACCGGUCGCACGUUUUCGGGAACAUUUCGAAAAUUUUGUCAAAAUCCGAGGAGCAGAACGAUGAAAAUCUGCUUCCGUCGGUGGCCAUGCUCAAUUCCUACUCGAAUGCCGUCGAUGUGUUUACGGAGGAAUGCAUCCGGAUCAGCAUGCUCAGCGAUAUUACGGAGAUUUUCGAUCUUGUAGUUUCAUCGCGACCUGCGUUGGCAAAUUCGUUGAUAGACAACUCGACGGAGACAUUCUGGGAAAGCGAUGAGGAGGAUCGGAACAAACCUAAGAUCAUCGAACUGACUAUGAAUCGAACCAAUUAUCACUGCAAGGUUAUCUGUAUUCACAUCGACAACAGUCGGGAUAUUGGGAACAAAGUGUCCAGCAUCCUUCUGUACGGAGGCAGUUCGUUUGGCGAAACGUCACUUCUAAAGACCAUUGACGUCGAUCCACUUGUGUGCAGCUGGAUAUCGGCAACGAUAUCCGACGACGAGUGCACCCAUUACCGGAUGGAAUUCCGUGGCCCGGAAGCGACCCUCCGCGUUCGCCAGAUCAAACUGCUUGGCUACACUGCCGAAGAUAAAGCGUCCCAGUUCAAGCACAACCUCAAACACACCAGCGCCAAUUACAUCCAGCAGAAAAACUGCGAAGCGGAAACGCUGCGUGUUUUCCGUCUACUAACGGGACAGGUAUUCGGGAAGCUAAUUCUCGAGAGUGGUAAAAAUUUCGGUGCAAACACCCCGACUUCGUCCAAGAUCACCGAAUCAACGGUCAUCUCAUCCUCAACGGAGUCGCUCGAUUUACGCGAGCACAUGGUCGGCAUCCUGUUUAGCCGUAGCAAGCUGAGUCACCUCCAGAAGCAAAUCAUCGUCCACAUUGUGCACGCUAUCCAGAAGGAAGCGCUGCGCUCGCGGGAAGAGUGGGAGCACAACGUCAUGUUCAGCGCGGACAAUGAAACCGACUUUGAGGAGAAUCUCAAGCUGAACGACACGUACUGCUUUGAAAUGCUCAGCAUGGUGCUGGCGCUGUCCGGGAGUGCCGUUGGACGAUCGUAUUUAUCGCACCAGCACGGUCUACUGAAGGAUUUGUUCUCGCUGCUGCACACAGGGAGUGAUCGCGUCCAGAGGCAGGUUACGGCGCUGAUCCGGCGCAUUUUACCGGAAAUUUCACCAGAGACGCUUUGCGAGCUGCUUGGAGUGGAGAAGGUUCCGGAGAUUGACUUUAAUCUGCUCAGUCAGAACAAUGAGAUGUUUAAUAUGAAUAAAUGCGGCAUUUUGGACAUUUUCCUAGCCGUAAUCGCGAAAGCUCUUCAGGUGCAGAUCAAGGUGAAGAACAACUCGAACAAAAAUCCACCAACCAUGAAGCUGUGGCGAUACAUGAAUAUUUGCAAAAUUGACGACUAUGAAAAGUCCACGCUGAACAAGCUUUCGAUGACCAAUUCCCAAUUCAGCAACGCUGAAUCGGACCACCCGGUUGGUGCUCCUGGCCAAAAGGACAACAGCCCGGCGGCGGAGCAGUACGACUUUGAGGGCUCGUCGUCGGAAUUCUUAGAUGACAAAACCAACGACGACAAUUCGGUUGACUUUGACGGCGUUGGUGCGGCGUGUUCUUCGAAGCCGGGCAUUCGGAUCGAGACGGUCGGGGUGAAGCCGCGGUGGUUCUUAAACGGAACAAUUUCGUCCAAACAGGCGGAUAAUAUUAUGACUUUGAUUCGCGACAUGGCGCAUGGUAAACUGUCGGAAAAGUGGUCACUCAUCACGAAGGCUGCCAUCGCGGAGUGUAUUUUGAACAUAACGAGGCUUUUGGACGUUUAUCGGGUGCCGGAGACGUGCAUGACGACUCCGACGCUGUGGCUUGCGCUGGCCAGUUUGUGCGUCCUGGAUCGUGACCACGUGGAAAAAUUAUCGUCCAGCCAGUGGUCAAAACAGUCCGAGUCCCGGCCGCUUUGCUCAAAUCACGACGAUGAUGUUACGUACGCCAUGAUCAUCUGCAGCUUGUGCGGUUCGCUGUGCUCCGAUUGUGACCGGUUUUUGCACUUGAACCGAAAGACCCGAAAUCAUUAUCGCACGGUUUGCAAAGAGGAAGAGGAGGCCAUUCGGGUCGAGCUGCACGAAAGCUGUGGCCGGGCCAAGUUGUUUUGGCUGUUGGCGCUUGUCGACUCGAAAACGCUCAAGGGAAUGCUCGAAUUUCGCAAUGGAAACAACACGCUGGUUUGUGAUCCGCCAAACGCCGCGAUUGGCGUGUGCCGGUUUUGCGGAGUGACUGGCAGCACCGGUCUGCUGGCGGUGGGAAAUGUUUGCGUGGACCAGCAGUGCCAGGAGUACGCGGCAAGUGCUUGUGCGAAAAUCCAUCCGUGUGGCCAUCUGUGCGGUGGAAUCGUCAACGAGGAAAAGUGUCUGCCAUGUUUGCAGCAAAAGUGUCUCACGUCCGAGGGUAAGGCCAGCAGUGGCAGCGGAGCGGAGCAACCGAAGUUGACGCAGGACGCAGACGACAUGUGUAUGAUUUGCUUCACUGAGGCCCUCUCGUCGGCUCCUUCCGUUCAGCUGGACUGUGGCCACGUGUUUCACUUCCACUGCAGUAAGGCGGUUCUGACCAGGCGGUGGAACGGGCCGCGGAUUAGUUUCGGGUUUUCGCAGUGUCCCAUCUGCAAGAUGGACAUUCAGCAUUCGGCGCUGGCGGAAAUAUUGGAUCCGAUCGUUGCGUUGAAAGCGGAUGUCAAGCGAAAGGCAUUGAUGAGGCUCGAGUACGAAGGUCUGGCCAAGAAUCUCGAUAGCAAGGAUCUGUCCACUUACGCUAUGGAACGCUACGCUUAUUACGUUUGCAGCCAAUGUGAAAAGGCUUAUUACGGUGGCGAGGCUCGGUGCGACGCCGAGCUGGGCGAGAACUACAACCCCCAGGAGCUGGUAUGUGGCGGAUGCAGCGAUGUGGUUAAGGCCAAGAUGUGUCCCAAGCACGGGACCGACUUUCUCGAGUACAAGUGCCGCUACUGCUGCUCAGUGGCGGUCUUUUUCUGCUUCGGCACGACACAUUUUUGUGACACGUGCCACGACGAUUUCCAGCGGCUGACCAACAUCCCGAAGAACAAACUGCCAAAGUGCCCGGCGGGUCCCAAGGCAAAGCAGCUGAUUGGGGAGGAGUGUCCGCUGCACGUUAUUCACCCGUCCACCGGGGAGGAGUUUGCCUUGGGCUGCGGGAUUUGUCGCAAUGCUCACACAUUCUAGGGUUUUGUAUCGCAAGUGCAUUAAGUAUAUUAUGAAGGAAGGAGGAUUUAGCUUUAGUUAGUAAUUCAAAACGGCGAGACUUUCUCUAUAUGAUUGUGCUUAUGAUCUCAUGUUAACCGUGUAUUGUUGUUUGAUAUUUAUUUAGCAAAUCACUAACUUAUAUGUACACAAUUUGAUAACAUUAUAUUUAUCAUAAAAAUAGAACUAUCCAAAACAAAGAAUAAUCACCAAUCAAUCUCUAUCGUCUCUAGCACGUGAAUAAACUCUUGAAAAUUUUUAAA